AUGAGCGCCUUCGACGAGGAGGACACGCGCGGCCCGCGGAAGCCGCAGAACUGGGUCGUCGUCCACAAGAUGGUCGCCGUCCGCGCGAAGCCGGACGUGAAGUCUCGCUUGGUGGGAACCAGGAAACAGGGCGAGACCUUGGUCGUCAAAGCCCAGAGCCAGGGCUGGGUCAAGCUGGGCGCCGCGGAGUUCUGCUUGAUAGACGGCAGCGCGCUCGGCUUCGGCACGCUCGUCGAGCGGAAGGACGAGCCCGUCACGCUGAAGAUCGUGAACCCGCACGACGGCAGCCCGUUCUUCGACCUAGAAGUCACGACGAAGACGACGAUCCUCGAGUGCCGCCGCAAGGUCGGCGACUUCGUGGCGCCCAACGGCGGCCAGCUGCGGUGGCAGAGCAUCGUGCCCGCGCGGGGGAAGAUGGGCACGCGCAUCAUCGACAGCAAGUACAACACGUUCACGGACGACAUGACGGUCGCGGCCUGCGACCUCGACGACGGCGACGA